GAGGCGGACUUACAGGUAAGCGGGCCCAGCUCAUGCUGGGUGAAAAUUUCUAAUUUUUACUGUCAAUAAUUUUACCGCUGGGUGAAAAAUUAAAAAAAUAAUAGUGUUUUAUUUAUUUUGGACUUUGGAGUGGGUAACUUAAAAUAAACAAAACGCAGUAACACAUUACACACUAAUAGUCUAACACAGAAAUUGGGUGAGAGAGCAAGUCAGCAAGCGCGAGCAGCCGAGCACGGAGCACUAUCAACUGGAGUUUGGAAUUUGGAUAAUUGAAUUGAUAUUUCAAUCAACAUUUAGAAGAAAGUAAUUCAGGAUGUCUGUUCAAAAUGCUAUGAAUUUGACUUCAAGUACAAAGGCACUUCUGCAAGAAUUGAGGGAUCAUGGUUGGGAUGAGUUUUUGCUAAAUGUCUAUAAAUUUGGAGAAAAUCAUGAUCUUGAAAUGCCUAAAAUGGAUGCAUCCUACUCAAUGGGGACUGGUCGUGGUUGUCAACAACAUGAUUUUGUCACAAAUGAACAUCAUUAUCAUUUUAGCAUGUUUAAUGUGAUUAUUGAUGUCCAAAUGACAGAGCUAAAUGACAGAUUCACGGAGCAAAGUAUAGAACUGCUUGUUUUGAGUGCUGCAUUGGAUCCUAAAGAUCACUUUAAAAGGUUUGACAUCAACAAGAUUUGUGAACUUGCAGAAAAGUUCUAUCCAGGAGACUUUGAUGCAUCAGAGGUACGUGCUUUAAGACUACAAUUAGAACAUUAUAGAUGUCAAGUAGUUUCCCAUAAAGAUUUUCAAGAUUUGUCUUCUCUUGCACAAUUGUGUAGACAAUUAGUUGAAACAGGCUUAGCUAAACUUUUCCCCCUAGUUGAUAUAUUGAUUCGUUUGGUCUUGACACUUCCUGUUUCCACUGCCACUACUGAACGUGCAUUCUCGGCAAUGAAAAUUAUAAAAACUCGGCUUAGAAACAAGAUGGAAGACGGAUAUCUUUCAGGUUGUAUGAUGCUUCACAUUGAAAAAGAAUAUGUUGAUGCUGUUGAUUCAGAGGAUGUAAUUGAUCAUUUCGAGUCUAUUGGAGAUCGUAGAGCUCAAUUUAGAUAAGGUACUAUGUUUUACUUGUAAUUUAUAUGUUAUGAAAAAAUUCUGUCCGUGUUAAACAAUUCCGCUGG